AUGCGUGUCUUCGGAAGACGGACUAAUGAUGAAAAAAAGAUAGCAUCUCUCUAUCGAGAUCUUGAAACGUUUCUAAAAAGUGAUGACUUUACAGAUGAGCUCAGAAACGAGCUUCAGCAAUCUAAUCCAGAUUAUCUGACUGUUCUAGAGAAGAGAAUAAAAGACAUAGAAAAGGUUGACCACGGAAUCGUCAUAGCAGGAGAAACAAGUGCUGGAAAAUCAACACUUAUUAACAAGAUAUUGGAAAAGAGGAUUUUCAAAGGUAGAAACAACGAAUCCACUUCUACUAUAUGUAAAAUACGAAAUUCAGCAAAAACAAGGAUCCUUACUGAAAGUAUGACUGGUCAGAUUGACGAGACCGAUUUGACGGAAAAAAACGAUGUUGAAAAGGCCUUAAGAGAUUCUUUAAAGAAACUGACAGACAUGACGUCAUCAGAGGAAUGCAUACACUUUCGAAGCGUGGACAUUGGAUUCCUUAUUCCAUUUUUAAAGGAUAACACGAUUAUUGUGGAUACACCAGGUAUUGGAGGAUCAGGGCUGGUUACCGAAAAGCUUAUGGAAUAUCUCCCUAAUGCACUGUCUUUCAUCUUUGUGAUAAAUGUGGCGAGUGCUGGUGGUAUGCAAAAAGACAGGCUUCCUGAAAUUUUAAAGUCAAUAAUUCAGCUGCAAAUGAGGAACGAAAUGCCAUGUUUUGAAUGUGAUAACGUUAUUUUUAUCACAAAUAAGUGGGACACGAUAGUUACUGAAUACGACAGUAGUGAAGAAGAUGAAGAAACCAAAACUUGGAAAAAACUCCAAUCAGACAUCAAAGAACGAUGGCCACUUGUCAAAGAAGAAAAUAUUUUCAAAUUGAAUUUGAAAGACGUUUCACAUGAACAGCAGAACUGCUCAACCAAAGAAUUCAAAAGAUUUCGCCAAGUCUUAGAAUUAAAUAUAAAGAAGGCUGAAAAUAUUAGAGUUGAGCGUCAUUUAAGAGACUAG